CUGACCUGGCUCUGUUUUUGUGUCCGUGCAGCAGAGAGGCUGGGCGAGUGUAAGAGCGCGGUGCCCCUCGCUCGCCUUCUCCGUCAAGUCGCACUGCAAAUUUCGCAUCCUCACAGGCUAAAACGCCACAACAAAGAUGCAGACCUUACUAGUGUUGGCUGCUGUGAUUGGUGCUUGCAGUGCCUACGGUAUUCAGGGCUAUGGCUUUCCACCUUCAUCACAACUGACAUGCAUGGUCCAGAAUCCACACGCAGGGUUGCCCGGACAGGAGUUCUCGAUACCUGAAACUCCGCCCUUCAUCUCAUUUCAACCUGGAGAACCUGGCACCGUUUACCUACCAGUCACAUCUGGGUUCCCGUCACCAAUAAGAGGCCCAAUCCCCCGUUACAUUGCCAAUUCGCUCUUUGAAUUCCUGGAGCCAGACUUGAGGGUGACUUCCAUAGGCGAAGAAUUUCCACGUGGAGAUCCCAUCGUACCUGGCACAAUCCUCCCGGCAAAUGUCCCGGUCUCCAGUGGAGACAUUAGAGGAGCAGGAGUUGGAACAACAGUUGCCCCAAAUAAAGAUUACGGGGCGAUAUCACUGGAAGUGCUGCAGAAUACUCCAGUAAAUCUUAUCGACCCAGCAAACUAUGGUUUGAUUGUCAAUGCUGUGGUUCAACUGACUGACCGAUGUCAAGUGAAUGCUACUUGGACAAGACUUCCACAUGGGCAGUUCUUUCCGCAGUGGAUUUCCGGAGCUUUUUGCAGUGGAGAAAACUGCUCAUUUUUUGGUGGACUCAAAUGUAAUGCCGUCCUAAGAGAGGAAACACUCAUACCGCUCAUGAUACUUCGCUGGGACUGCUGUUGGAGCAUCGUAAACCGUCAGUGGCGAUGGGAGUGUGGAUGGAGAAAGGUGUAUAUUCCACUCAUUGGACAGUGUACUUGCAGUUGCUUUGAUGAGUACAGCACUCCAAACGCAUACACUGGACGAUUGGCUGGAGUCUUUAUGCCGCACAUUGAUGGUCUGAACACUUGAAAGUAGAGCGUCCCGGAGACACGAGUGUGUCAAGAUCGUGUCAGUCACGAUCAAUUUGAUCAACUCUAAUUGAUAUUGAGAUACACAUUAUAGUUAUGCAUUUUGCACACAAGGGCUCUUUAGUCCUAUUGUUUCUGUGUGUGUUUACAAAAAUGAUAAUCAAACAGGCAUAAUUAUACUGGGUACAUACACAUACAUACAUAUACAUCAGGCUGGAGGAAGUGAAUUAUGGAUAUAACUUCUGGUGAUUUCUUGUUACUGGACUUUCGGCGUUUUUCUGAGCGCAACAUUCAUAAACUCUGGUUUUUGCGACUCUGAUGAAAUUCUUCCGGUAUCGAUGGCUUUCGACCGUCUUGCCAGCUGGGUUUCGAGUUCAUUGUCCAUGCAACUUCCUCUAGUGUUAUUACUUCUCUCCACCGGUCUUAUGGACCAGCUUUACCGUCUGCGUCCGGCCGUCUUCUCUGCAUGACCCUCUCCAACUCUGGCUUCCCCAAAAUAGACUGAAUCCCUCCUCUUGCGUGAGUUAGU